AUGGCACUGGCCUGUCGACAUGUUUUACUUUCCGUGUUUGAUUACAAGACAGAAAAAUAUGUUAUUGCCAAAAACAAGAAAGUUGGUGUUUUAUACAGGAUUAUUCAGCUGACGAUACUUGGAUACAUUGUCGGCUGGGUGUUCGUGACCAAAAAAGGCUAUCAGGACACAGAGGAAGCAAUCUUGAGUUCUGUCAUUACCAAAGUUAAAGGAGUUGCUUUCAUCAACACAAGUUCAGGUUCUCGUUUCUGGGGACCUGAGGACUAUGUCAUACCACAGCAGGGUGAGGCUGUUUUUUUCAUAACCACAAAUUUCAUAGAAACACCAGAGCAGAGACUGGGCUACUGUGCUGAGAGCAUUAAGGUCCCUGAUGGUCACUGUAGAGUGAAUUCAGACUGCCCAGAGGGAGAGACAGUUAUCGCUGGACAUGGGGUUAAGAGUGGACGCUGCUUGAAAAAAGAUAGUAAUUCUACUGGCACAUGUGAAAUACAUGGCUGGUGUCCAGUUGAAAGAAGCCACAAACCAAAGGAACCUUUGUUAGGAAAAGCUGAAAACUUCACCGUUUACAUCAAGAACUUCAUCCGAUUUCCAAAGUUUGCCUUCUCAAAAUCCAACGUUUUAGAGACGGCCAACGACACCUAUCUAAAACGAUGUCUGUAUGAUGAGGUUGGUCACCCCUACUGCCCUAUCUUCCGCCUGGGGGACAUUGUUAGCAGGGCGGGACAUAACUUCCAGGACAUGGCUGUUCUGGGAGGAGCAGUUGGAAUUUUGAUUGAGUGGAAGUGUGACCUUGAUAAAGGCUAUUCACAGUGCCAUCCACAGUAUAGCUUCACACGUCUAGAUGCCUCUGGACCAAACAGCUCAAUGUCAUCAGGAUACAAUUUCAGAUACGCUCGUCAUUUUAAAAAUCCUUCUGGACAGAGCUAUCGAAGUCUAUUCAAGGUGUAUGGAAUUCGCUUUGACAUCAUGGUGCAUGGAAAGGCUGGCAGGUUUAGCAUCAUUCCCACUAUCAUAAACAUAGGUUCAGGUCUGGCUUUAAUGGGUGCUGGAGCAUUCUUCUGUGACAUGGUGUUGCUAUACAUGAUGAAAAACAGGACCUUAUACAGAGAACGCAAGUUUGAGACAGACAAGAACGUGAACAAUAAUGACAAGGAUCUAAAGGCAAAGGAACCAAACAAACAGAGGUCAGAGUUCCAGCAACUCACAGACCUGUCGCCGGAAAACUAA